UAUAAAUAUAUGGCCUCCUGCGCACAAGCAGCAGCAGCACCAGCCUUGUGGUCAAUUCAUUAAUUCGCCAUCCUCCAAAUUUUAGCUUCAAGUUUUCUCUAUUCUUAAUCCUCUGGUUCUUCGAAUCAACCGUCAUGGUUGAGAAAACGAACGGCCAUGUCGGAGAUUACUGCAAUGACGGUCACGAAGAUGAUGUCGAGAUGAAUGAUAGCGACGUGGAAAGUGAAAGUGAUUGUAGCUAUGCCAGUCGGAACGACGGGAAAGAUUCCACCGCUGCCGAUUCUCAACCAUGGCCGCAGAGUUUCAGAGAAGCGAGCGACUGUUACGCCAUUACGGCUUCACCAACAUUUGGGAUUUUACGGAUUCCAAACGUCAUAAAAUCGAGCUUCAGGAAUGGGCUGGAGUCCGGCGAGAAGGGCGAGGCUGAGGCUCCAUUAUUAUCCAGCGAUUAUAAUUAUAAUUAUAAUUAUAUUUAUGAUGACUCGAAUGAUAGCUCAUCUUCACAAGCAUUGCCUACGCGCCACGGCUGCACCUUCACGCAGACCGUUUUCAACGGAAUGAACUUCAUGGCUGGAGUAGGGCUUCUGUCGACACCUUACACAGUAAAAGAAGCUGGGUGGGGCAGCCUGGGAGUGCUUCUUGUUUUUGCUGUUGUUUGCUACUUCACAGCCAUGCUUAUGAAGUAUUGCUUUGAAAAAAGAUCAACGGAAUUCAAAAUCAUCACUUUUCCAGAUUUGGGACAGGCUGCCUUUGGAACCUAUGGACGUCUUCUUGUAUCUAUACUUCUAUAUUUGGAAUUAUAUUGUUGCUGCGUGGAGUUUAUCAUAUUGGAACAAGACAAUCUAAGUAGUCUAUUUCCAGAUGCGUGGUUAAGUUUUUGGGGCCUUCAUUUGGACUCCAUGCAUCUCUUUGCAAUUAUUACUGCUCUUAUCGUUUUGCCCACUGUGUGGCUCAGAGAUCUGCGUUGGAUCUCAUAUCUCUCAGCUGGCGGGGUGCUGGCAACCACAGUGGUAAUUCUAAGCAUAGGCUAUUUGGGAACCAUCGGAGGAAUAGGGUUCGAUGAAGGUGGGAGUGGUGAAGUGGUGAAUUGGAAGGGCAUUCCAUUUGCCAUUGGGGCUUAUGGAUUUUGUUUCUCAGGCCAUACCCUCUUUCCAAAUCUUUACCAUUCCAUGGCAGAUAAAACCAAGUUCAGUAAGGCCCUCCUAAUAUGUUUUGUAUUUUGUGUUAUAAUAUUUGGGGGAGUUGCUGUGAUGGGAUUUCUCAUGUUUGGCCAAAGUAUAUUAUCUCAAAUAACUUUGAACAUGCCACAACAUGCUCUUGUAUCCAAAGUUGCAAAGUGGACCACAGUUAUUGUUCCAUUGACUAAAUAUGCAUUGUUGAUGACUCCAUUGGCAAAGAGUAUAGAGGAGAGACUUCCAGCCAGAUAUUCAAAUAGCUACUGCUGCUCCAUUCUUAUAAGAACUGCACUUGUUAUCUCCUCUGUUUGUGUUGCUCUCCUUCUCCCAUUUUUUGGUCUUGUGAUGGCUUUAAUUGGUUCUCUUCUCUGCAUACUUAUUGCAAUAAUAAUACCAGCCUCUUGCUUUUUGAAAAUCAUGGGGAAAGAAGCUACCAAUACACAGAUCAUUUCAUGCAAGGUGGUAAUUGUGUUGGGCAUCAUUGGAGCAAUCCUUGGAACAUACUCUUCAUUUUCAGAGAUAGCUCAUCAAAGAUCACUCACUCAAACAUAGAAAAAGUCCUUAUUAACAGUCCCUAGAUAUUGUUUCUUGUUUUUUUUUUCUCUUUAAAUAAUUAAUUUGUGUGAUAAUAUUUUUUUCUACUUUGUUUUCUUUCCCUUCUAUAAAUAAUAUAAAGUUUUGUACAUCAAUACUUUAUAAGUAUGGAUAUAGGAGAGUUCUUUUUGGACAA